GAAUCAUAAAAGAUGACAGAUUCGAAAUUAGAAGAAGCUUCAAAAUCAAAGAAGAGCUGAAAAUGGUGAAGAAGAACUUACUUGGUAGGGUUCUUGAUGAAGAAGAUGGAGCGGAGAAGGAGAAGCAAGGAGCUAUUGAAGGAUCGAUUACGAAAGAAAUCGCCAUUGUUGGAGUUUUGGAUUUGGUACCAAUCUGGAGAUAUGCAUUGACUGCUGAGUUUCUUAUGCGACCAGCAGCAUUUCAUGCCAUUGAUAAGCCAUUUGGUGAAGCUCCCUGGCUACGUUUGAAGUUAGCGUUGCUGCUCACAUAUGGAUCACUUCCCAGGCCUCCAGAAUUGACCACAAUAUAUAAAUGUGUUCCUCAAGAUGAGCAGUUUCGGCUAGAAAUAGUGCAGCAACUUAUUGAUUUAGAAUCAGAUGAAUAUUGCUGUGCGUUUCUGUUGAUGCUGAGUUUUGGAGAAUUGCGAUUAAUAGCUCCUUAUACAGCUGGUUACUUUGUGGCAUUGAUGGUCUCUGUUGCAGAGAGCUUGGUUCAGUCCGAUAAACCACACAUUUUGAGUGAUGUGUUGUGUGAUGCUUCAUCAGAGAACGAGUUAUGGAAAAAGACAAGCAUAUUGCUUGCAGUCAUGUUUCAUGGGAAAUCAAAAGUUGCAGCAGCUCUUAUCACCAACGAUGAUUUUGCUCUUUCACUACAUGACGAUGGUAGCAUUGUUGAACAAGAGCAUGUGGAUACUUCUGGUCGUUUAAGCUCAUCCGAUUUUGGAUCACUAACAAGACCACCAGAAGCUGAUUGUGUUUUCAGUUUCAAAACGCCAAGAUAUAAUUCCGAUAAUUGGGAAUCCGAUGGAGACUGUGUUAGACACGAUAUUGAACCAUCAAAGGGAAAGCUCUCUCCCAAAAGGAGAAAUUCUACUUCGAUUGUGCAUCGAUGUGAAGCACAAGGGUUCGAUGGAGACGGUGUUAGCCCUACAGGAGUGAAGACUUUGGGAGCUUUGUUACGAGAGAAGGAUUUAGCGUGUUCUAAUCAUCAUGAUGCGGAAUUCAACAAAGCAGUUUUCGAGAAUCGAGACUACAUGUGGACUCUUGCUUCGCCAAUUGCAGAGCAAAAGAUUGGAAGAGGUAGAAUGUUUGCUGAAAACACUGAACUCGUUGUAUUCGCCUAUUCGGUUCUUGAGGUCAAGUUACAGCGAAUGCAGAAGGCUGAGGAUGAAGUCAUUAGGCUUAGCAAGCUCCAAAUAACUAGGAUCAAAGAGGUGAUACUAAGGAAGAAGCUUGAGCUUGAGGAAAUAUCAAGGAAGAUGCACAUGGCCACCCAAGUUCUUAAAUCAGAAAACUUUUCAGUUGAAGCUAUAGAAUCUGAGCAAAUUGAUUCCGAGAUUGCAAAGGUCAAAGAAGAAGCUUCAAGCUUCAAGAGGAAGAUUCUUGAAAAAGUGGAGAAAUGGAUGUCAGCUUGUGAAGAAGAAUCUUCGCUCGGAAGUACAAUCGGAGGAGCUCAUCUUACAUUGAAGCGUGCGGAAAAAGCCCGUGGAUCUCAACGCUAUCACCGGCGGGUUCUGUCGACGGCGGCGAAGGAGAUUACGAAAGAAGAGGAUAGCGAAGAGAGGGACAAUGGAAAGCAAGUAGUUUCGACUUUCGAUGGCUUUAGAAGAAUAAUGGAGUCGCGGCUGAGGGAGGAUGAACAAGAUAGAAAAUCAGAGUUUGAGCAGCAAGACAUCAACCUUGGUGCCGAAGAUGAACCUGUGGCAAUUUCUCCGGCAAUUGUAGCUCAAGCAGCGGCAGAGAACCGAUUUAUCCUCAUGGGUCGACCGGUGAUGCCGAGAAGACAGAAUUUGCGUUCGAUUGUGGCUUCUAUGCCCAGAAUGUGGGGUCAAUCGGGACUUGUUCACGGAAGAAUUGUCCCAGGAAAUCAAUUUCAGUUCAUUUUCCCUAUUAAAGAAUCAUUGGAAACGGUGAUGCGUCGAGGUCCUUGGGCGUUCAAUGAUCGUAUGUUAAUCCUCCGAAGAUGGACUCCUCUCAUGAAUCCCCCACAAAUCAACUUCAUACCAUUUUGGAUUCAAAUCAGAGGAAUUCCUUUUCAAUUCCUCAGCCGUCAAGUGAUUGAAGAAGUGGGUCAGGCUCUUGGAGAUGUUGCGGAUGUUGACUUUGAUGGUGAAGCAGCGGCUAGAAUCGAGUUUGUUCUUGUGCAAGUCGACUGGAACGUUGAAAAUCCUCUCCGAUUUCAACGUAAUGUCCAGUUUCAGGCAGGAAUCAACACUCUUCUGCGAUUCCACUAUGAACGUUUAAGAGGCUUUUGCGAACUCUGUGGGAUGCUCACACAUGAUUCAGGAGCCUGUCUUAUUCAGAAUGGUGGAGGAGACAAUAACUCUGAUGGGGAUGACGAUGAAGAUCUACCAGAUGCGGGAAUUCAGAACCAGGGAAUUCUCUCAGAUUCAGGAGCCUGUCUUAUUCAGAAUGGUGGAGGAGACAAUCUCAUCAUACGUGAAAUUGCCGAUGAUGAAGAGAAUGGUGAUCCAGAGGAGAUUGUACCAGAAGUUGAUGUUCAAGAGGAAGCAGAGGAGAAUGAGACUGUUGAAGACAUUGACCCUCUGCACAAUUCUCUGGCCUCAGAGAUGGACAACAAUGAGCUCUUUAACCCCAUUCCAAUCUUUGAGAAUGCAGGUGAUAUCCCCGGAAGUGAAAGCUACCAACGAUACUCCAUUAACAUCCACCCUCGUGAAGAAAUCAUGGAACAGAGUAUGCUUUACAGAGAGAUGAUGGCCAUUGAAAGAGGAAAACGUAAGAGAGAAGAUGUCUUGGAUCAAACAGAGGAGAAUGACACGAAGAUGGUGAUUCGUGAGAAAGGUGAAAGCAGCAGCUUCUCGGACAGGAGCGACCAGUGCAGAGGCGCGGUGGGCCCGAAACCACCACAUCCGCCAUGAUCACAGCCUGCUGGAACUGUCAAGUGUUCUAAUCUUAUAAAUUGUCAUGUUGAAA